AUGUCUUCAGCCACCAACACUGAUGUCAGCGAUGUUGCCAACGGUAACGGAAACGGCAACGUCGCCAAAGACGUGGAACUCCAGGUCCACACCGAGGAGGGAUCUCCCUGGCCAAACAUCUCGCCCGAAUUCGACGCCCAGAUGAUGGAGCACAUCCGCCAGCCAUUCGACGUCAACAGUGACAAGGUCAAAAUCAAGCAAUUGGAUGAGAACGGCAAUGUCGUUGUAGCCCCCGCAGCCUCCUAUAACUUUGUGCGGUUCUCGGACCUACGAGACACAAAGAACCGCCCAAUUCUGUGGGACACGAGAUACAACUUUAGAGAAGGCAACGUCCCCGACUCAGCCAAGCGCAUGGUCGACUACGAGAACGGCAACAAGAAGAGGGUCGUCUUCAACUCCAAAUGGAACGACGGGUUGCACCUCAAGUUCGACAACCACAUGCUGAGCGGGAACAAGCCCAAUGCAAACGUCUUUGGCAUCCGCUACCCUGGCGGCUCCGACUGGCGUGGCUCCGACUGGCUGCUCGGGAUGAAGUCCGGCAGCGAUGACGUCACCCUUGGCAAAAACCAGCUCUCGUCGCAGUGGAUGUUCGAGUCGGCCGGAACUGACAACACGGGACAGAAGCACUACAAAAUCUACUCGCAGCUCUCUUCGGCGACGGACUACGGAGGCAUCUGGCUCCCCGGGUACGGUGUUGGCCGCGCUGGCUACGACAAUGAUCACGAGUGGAGGACUUACGAAUACAGAACUGCCCCGCAAGGCUUCUUCACGGUCAAGUUCGAGAGGGUCGACUAA